UAAUCAAGUGAGGGUCAGAAGUCCUAAAGAAGGCAGAACUGGUGGAGUGAGCCAUUAAAUGGGAUAAGAGAGGAGGAAGAAAACAGUUAAGGGCUACCAAGAGGAGGAGGAAGUGGGAGAUGCGCUGCUUCCGUAAAAUCAUCGAUGAUUGAAGACAAAGCUGGGUGGGGACUAGUCCCUGGACUGCAGGCGCCGCUGCUACACAUACACGCAACGGCUGCCACUCCGUGGGCUGCUUCUACUACUGCUGCGCUGGGCUGGGCUGGGCUGGGCUGGGCGGGUUGCACCGGAGCUCGCCUGAACACAGCGGCUCCAGUGAGAGGAGAGACGCCUCUGAACAGCCUCAAGAGCAGCCCCUGGAAACCACUAUUCUGCUUUCUGACUCUGAGAAUUUGACUGCUCUAAGUACCUUAUCCAGAUCUUCCAAGAGCCUGAGGCUUUGAGAACUGAAAAGAAAUUUUCCAUCUCUGAAUUAAUCUCUCUUGAAAAGUGUGCUUAAAAGACCCUCCCAGCUCUCCAAUGGCCAGCAACAACACCGCCAGCAUAGCUCAAGCAAGAAAGCUGGUAGAACAACUGAAGAUGGAAGCUAACAUUGAUAGGAUAAAGGUAUCCAAGGCCGCCGCAGACCUGAUGGCCUACUGCGAAGCGCAUGCCAAGGAGGACCCGCUGAUGACCCCCGUUCCUGCGUCAGAGAACCCCUUUAGGGAGAAGAAGUUUUUCUGUGCUAUCCUUUAAGUCUUCACGAGAAGCCUGCAGAGCCUCGGGGGCUCCUGGGACACUGAUGUAGAGUUUUUAGCAAAGUGGGCACCUUUCUUGUCCACAGCAUUUGAAGAGAGGGAGAGAACCCGCCUGGCAGCUCCAGGCUAUGCAUGUUUAAAGAACGAGACCCCUUUACGAGAAUGAAAGCUGUUCUACAGCCUGACUGAAGAGAUCGGAUACCUGCUCCGCCGCCUGGAGGAGGGGACUAUGUAAUCGGUGUCAUUUCUUUUCUGCUAUCCCUCCCCAAACAUUGUGUUUCUGCUCUGUAUUUUAAAAAAAUUAAUAAUGAUAAUAAAAAUUCAAACAGACAGCUUUUCUGGCUGAGAUAUGUAUAAUCUUCUGGGAAUGAAAAUUGCCUUUAGAAUACCCUUUGAUAAGCUGAGUCGUGCAGUGUAGCUGUGAUUCAGUUUAAUGGCAUUGAUGUUGAGUCUUUGUGCCUUUAUUUUUCUUUUUUUCCUUAUUCUGUACCCCUCUCCUUUAUUCUCUUCCCAUUAGAGUAGUUCUGCAGAUAAGGCUGGACUUGUAGUAAGAUGAUACUCCAAGGAUGAGCACCCGAAGUGUUUAGAGAGAUGUUCCCCGUGGUUUAUCCUCAUGGUAACAACAAUGCUGAUUGUCUGUGUUCUCUUAUCACUAUUCCUAACAUUUGUACAUGAUAGCUUCGAUUCUGCAAGUAACCAUGUGUUGUGACUGGUGCUUUCAUAUAUUUGUGGCAAUUUUUGGGGUAAUACUGCAUGAAAAUGUCCCUAUGUUACAUCCAUUCAGAAGUUUUGUUGUUUUACUAUCAAGUUGGAAAAUGGAAGGAGAGAGAAAAGAAGCUGGGGAGGAAAAAUCCUCGGUGGUUUUGAAAAAUGAAAUGACUUCAGAGCCUUAGCCAUGCCUAAAAUACCUCCAAGUUAAAAUUGGCCUAAACGCCUCUUCAACAGAUUUUCCAGAUUCCAAAGCCUUUGGUUUUAAUUAUCCAGGAUGCAGGGCAGCAUAGGUGCCCUCAAGCCAGAGAGGGAAGGCUUCACCAUGAGUGCGUAAGUGCUGUCAUUACCCAGUAGAGUAAAUUUCCUCUUUCCCUAAAUUGUAUGAACUCUCAGUUGCAUGAUACUUGCUGGAAAAGGACAACUUUCUGAACUCUUUUCAAAACAGUGGCCCUCGGAGGCUGGAACGAUAGUUCAGCAGGUAGGGCAUUUGCCUUGCACGCGGCAGACGCAGGUUCGAUUCCCAGCAUCCCAUAUGGUCCCCCAAGCACUGCCAGGAGUAAUUCUUGAGGGCAUGAGCCAGGAGAAACCCCUGAGCAUCGCCGGGUGUAGCCCAAAAAGCAAAAAAUCAAAAACAAAAACAGUGGCCCUCCUCUAUUCCAGUACUAGGAGUGACAAACUCUUGAUUCUAUAGAAGACUAAUUCUCAGAAUCCCUGCCACUUACCAGCCAGGGAGAAGGGGGGCAAAGAGAGUCCCCCCAGAGCUAGCUAGCCCACAAAAGGUUCUGGCUCCUUAAUCCACUGAGAUGGUCUUUAUUUUGCAACCCCUAAAUUUUCCAAUAUACUCUUUUGUUUCUGAUUUUGUUGUACUCAUUUGUGAGUCUCUUGGCCUUUAUCUACAACUUCUUUGCAGCUAGAGCUCUCUCAUCCCAGGAGAGGAUUCGAAAAUGACUUUUCCCUGCAGCUCUAGCUUCCACCAGUAAUACAGCCCGGCAGCCUUUCUAGAUUUUUCUCCGGGUCAUGCUCAGGCCAAAGAUGGACUCUUAUAUCUUGUUUGCUUUGAUAGCCCAAAGCAUUUUAUUUUACUUUUACUAUUUUCUUCCUUCUAUUUAAAAAUAUAGUAAGAGGAGGGUAGAGAGGGAAGAAAGAGGAGAUAAACACAUAUAAAGUGUUAAGGACAGACUUUCCCACAAACUUGGUAAAUAAUUAUUUUUAUGGGCAUGAUAGUAAAAAUAAAAACAUCCAAGUGAGGCCAUGCUUGAAUGGAAGGAAGAAAAUACUAAGGCACUUACAAAAUAGUAAAUGUGCUUCUAUAACUAGAUACUUCUGUUCAAACCUGGGGGCUUUGGUAAUAGUCCAUGGGAAGCUGAUGAAGACAUAAAGGGGAAACAAAUCUGGCAGGGUAUUUAUUCUUAAACUACAAUGUUGGGCCAACAGUUGAAUGAUACUGUUGAAUCAGCCUAAAUUCUAUACACUUGUUUAGUAUUAGCCAAACUAUGCAUUGAAAAUAUGUGACCGACCCCAUAUAAACAAUGAAGUACUCUUAUAGUAGUUGUUAAGGCAUCAUUAUGAGACCCUGAUGAUCUUUAUAAUUGGCACAACUUAUUCUUUUUAGAAGCAUUUUUUAUAUUUUCACAUAAAUCUAGAUCUUAGGAGUUACAGGGUAGAAUGAAAACAUUUAGGAGGCAUCAUAAGAAAGCUCUGAGUUAAGGAUAUCCCAAAUUGUCUAUAACAUUUUUAACAGGAGAGAGAAUGCAUAAAGCACAGACCAGCUGAAAUUAGGUUUAAAUUAUUUUUGGCUUUUUCAUAAUUUUAUGUCCGGCAGUUGGAAUUAUAAUACCAAAGUCUUUAAAUGUGUUUUGACUUAUUGGUAUUUUCACCUGUUGAAGGGGCUAGGGAAAUCUUUGAUUACUUAUGCCUCUAAAGAGCUUUAAUUCUCUUAAAGAAUUUAAGUCAACAAUCAUUUUCACCAGCAUAAUUUUAUCUAAAGGAGUGACUGAUAGGAAACUUAGCUUAUGUAUUGGAUAGUAAUGAAAAUAUGCCACGACAUUAGGUUAAGCAUUAAAACUAUGUUUAUUAUUUAAAAAGCAAACUAUUUUUUAAAAAAAACUUUUUUUCUGCAUCAUUCUUAACAUUAAUUUUGGUUUUCAUUAUUUUCUAGUUUCAAACCAAGUCCAUUUAGUUUAAAACGGUUUGCCAGUAAGUACUUAGGACUGAGGCUAAUUUUACUAAUUUUAAUAAUGUUUGAAAUAGAUUGUGUACCAAGGAAAAAUUAAAAACUGUUCCUCCAUACUGUCAUAUUCACAUAAGGAAUUUUGAGAAAUCAAGCAUGCUGUCUUCUGAAAUUUUGUACUUUUUUAAGUAUUUGCUUCUGACUGCUCCUGGCUAUGGUCAAUUGUUAGAAACAUUAAUGUUUUCCCAGCUCAAGAAUUGCUCAUUUAUUCCAUAUAUAAGAUCUAUGGAGUGUCUUUCAGAGAGGGAAAUGCAGAGAUGUUAAAGCAGGAAAACCUGAAUGUGAUGUGUGCAUUUUCAUCCCACAUAAAUAAUGUAUUUGUUUUAAUAAAUGGAAUUUUCAGACUCA